CGUCGGUGGGAUUGAGCAAGCGCUCGCCGCCAAAUUCCUCGGUUCCAGCAUCACCCCCACCGACCAUUGUUGCCGCGCCGGAGCUAGAGCCACAACCGGAACCAGAGCUAGAACCAGAGCAAGACAGCAAGCCGCCUUCUCCGCCGCCGCCGCCAGAAAAGGAAACUAUACCGGAGCCUGUCCCUGAGCCUGAGGUGAGAGAUUGGGCUGCUCUACAGCUGCUUCCGAAUCUCAUCAUCUUCUUCCCAAUACUUCAUCUACCCGUCGUUCGUGUCAUCGGACGACGACAAUCAGGACUCUUACUCUCAAGGAUUAAUCAUGCCGUCUCAAUCCGCUACCGUUCCUUGCCAGUAUCGCACAGGUCGUACGCUUGGAAGCGGUACAUACGCUAUCGUGAAGGAGGCCAUACACAUCAAGACAGGCAAAUACUAUGCUUGCAAAGUCAUUAACAAGAAGCUCAUGGAGGGCAGGGAACACAUGGUUCGCAACGAGAUCGCCGUACUGAAGAGGAUAUCGAGUGGUCACCCGAAUAUUGUGACACUGCACGACUACUUCGAGACAUCACACAACCUCUACCUUUGCUUCGAUCUCUGCACUGGGGGAGAACUCUUUGAUAGUAUAUGUGCUAGGGGACAGUACACUGAGGCUGAUGCGGCUGGGCUCGUCCGCACCAUAUUUCAGGCUGUCAAAUAUAUACACGACUGCGGCAUCGUGCAUCGUGAUCUCAAGCCGGAGAACUUGCUCUUCCGGUCGAAACCUGAGAAGACCUCGGAAAUCAUGAUCGCAGACUUCGGUCUUAGUCGAGUGAUGGCGGAGAACAAGUUGAGCAUGUUGACGGAAGUUUGUGGCACGCCUGGGUACAUGGCACCCGAGAUCUUCAAAAAGACCGGUCACGGCAAACCUGUCGACGUCUGGGCAAUGGGAGUCAUCACGUAUUUCCUGCUCGCUGGUUACACCCCUUUCGAUCGCGACACGCAACGACAAGAGAUGGAAGCCAUCAUCGCUGGAGAUUACAAAUUCGAGCCUGAUGAAUAUUGGUCCAUUGUCUCGGACACUGCCCGGAACUUCGUUGCUACUUGCCUGACUACCGAUCCCGAGAAACGUCCAACUGCAGCACAGGUGCUUGAGCACGAGUGGCUCACGUCUGAGGUGCCGCACUUCGUCGAGAACGAGACGGGUGAGCCUAGAGACUUGUUGCCGAACGUCAAGAAGGCGUUCGAUGCGAAGAGGACAUUCCGAAAAGCUGUUCUGGGCAUGAUGGCAAUGAAACGCAUGACGUCACUCGUCCAGCACCUAUCGCCAGAGGCGCAGAAGCUCAACGAGGAUUUGUACCAGUUCAAGCAAGAGUCCGAAAAGGAAGUUCUCGAGGAUAUGCAUGUCGUUCACCACCACAACGCCGACGAAGAUCAUCAGCUCAAGUCCCAGGACGAUAUCUCUAUUGCAAAGGGUCCAAAUGGGAAGGCAAUGGAUGGUAACGAUGUUAGUGCAAAGCUCGCCGCUGUGAGCCUGGCUGCGAAAAGUGGUAACCCUAAGAACGUCUGAUACACGAGCCUCGACAAUGACUAAUGGGAUGGAAUUACUAUGUUCAUAUAUGUUGGGCUAGAGAACGCACAUUCUUUUUUCUUUGAUCUCUAUCAUGUACUUGUUAUCGAUACCUGGCAUCGCACACAUUAAUCACUAUUCCUGCUGGAAUUGUUCCAAGGCCUCGAGAGAGUGGAGCCUUGGAAGAUACUAUGCUAUGUGACAUUCGUUUAAGAACCCUUCCAUUGUCAUUGUAGAUAGUCUAUUGCUAUUACACAGUUUAAAGGUUUCACAAAG